CCCGGCCUAGCCCUCCUCUGCUGUGCCAACUGGGCAGACGGAGGUAGAGGAGCUGCCGCCUCGAAGGACGCAGGACGACGAAGGGCCUUCCCCUUCUGCGAACCGGCCCCGGAUUUGACCCCCCGCCAAGCGAUGCACCAUGCCCAUAGUGGACAAGCUGAGGGAAGCCCUGAAGCCCGGCCGGAAGGACUCGGCCGACGCCGCCGAGCUGGGCAGGCUCCUGGCCUCUUCCGCCAAGAAGGUGCUGCUCCAGAGGAUCGAGUUCGAGCCGGCCAGUAAGGGCUUCUCCUAUCAGCUGGAGGCGCUCAAAAGCAAGUACGUGCUGCUGAACCCCAAGGCCGGGAGCGUCGACCGCCGCAGGAGCUGGGAGGAUGCCCCCGUCCGACGACAGGGGAGCGACCACGGGCUGGGAAGCAGCAGCGGCGGGGACGGGGUGCCGGCCCCCCAGAAAGUCCUCUUCCCGACGGAGCGGUUGUCCCUGAGGUGGGAGCGGGUCUUCCGUGUCGGGGCCGGCCUCCACAACCUGGGCAACACGUGCUUCCUCAACUCCACCAUCCAGUGUCUCACCUACACCCCCCCCCUCGCCAACUACCUGCUCUCCAAGGAGCACAGUCGCAGUUGUGCCCCAGGAGGCUUCUGCAUGCUGUGCGUCAUGCAGAACCACAUGAUCCAGACCUUCGCCAACAGCGGGAACGCCAUCAAGCCUUUCUCCUUCAUCCGGGACCUGAAAAAGAUCGCCCGGCAUUUCCGCUUCGGGAACCAAGAGGACGCUCACGAAUUCCUACGCUACACGAUCGACGCCAUGCAGAAGGCCUGCCUCAACGGCCACGCCAAGUUGGACCGGCAAACCCAGGCCACUACUCUGGUUCAUCAGAUUUUUGGAGGAUACCUCCGUUCUCGUGUGAAGUGCUCGCUAUGCAAGAGUGUCUCGGACACGUAUGACCCCUACCUGGACGUGGCCCUGGAGAUCAGGCAAACGGCCAACAUCGUGCGGGCCCUGGAGCUGUUCGUCAAACCGGACGUCCUGAGCGGAGAGAACGCGUACAUGUGUGCCAAGUGCAAGAAGAAAGUGCCGGCCAGCAAGCGCUUCUCCAUCCAUCGGGCCUCCAACGUCCUGACCCUCAGCCUCAAGCGCUUCGCCAACUUCUGCGGGGGCAAGAUCACCAAGGACGUGGGCUAUCCGGAAUUCCUCAACAUCCGGCCGUACAUGUCUCAGAGCAGCGGGGACCCGGUGAUGUACGGGCUCUACGCGGUCCUUGUCCACUCGGGGUACAGUUGCCACGCCGGCCACUAUUACUGCUAUGUCAAGGCCAGUAACGGGCAGUGGUACCAGAUGAACGACUCCUCCGUCCAUUCUAGCAACAUCAAAGUGGUCCUGAACCAGCAGGCCUACGUGCUGUUCUAUCUCAGAAUUCCAGGGUUCAAAAAGAGCCCCGAGGGCCCCAUCUCCAAAGCCUCCCCGACUCCCGCCAACCGAACAAACAGCAUCGGCCCGGACCACGUCAAGAAGAACCUCAGCAACGGGAUUCUCUCGUCACCUCUGAUCGGGAAGCGGCAGGACGGCGGGCCCAGGAAGAAGCCCCAGGGGACGGAGGAGACCGGCGUGGUGGUGCCCAGGAGCAGCGUGGCGGCAGGGCCCAAACCGCAGAACGGAACACCUCAGCCAAAGCUCCCCCACCGGUGUCCGUCCCUGAAGCUGUCUGCGAAGCCCAGUCCCGCGACGCUGGAAGAGCUGGGAAAGAAGGGCAAGAAGCUCAAGGCCCCACCAGGGUCCAAUGGCCUGGGCGAGCUGGAUGGCAGUAAGCCUCAAAACCGCCGGCCGGGGGUCUGGGAAGGCAGGGAAGCGGCCCCGGCCUCCUCUCCGCGGCUCCCGGAGGCGACCGCGGUCAACGGGCACGGCCCCACGGGCAGCGGCGGCGGCGGCUCGGACCCCGACGCGGGCGAUUCCGGCAGCUCCAGCCCCGAGCGCUCUUCCGGCAGUGACGCGGGGGCCCGGGGCCCGCCGACACCCAGGAGCGGAGCAGCCCGCUUCCGCCCGCCCCGGGAAACGGACCCCUCCGCCGGUGAGCGGACCGAGGAACGGCCCGGGGGAGGGGACCCCAAGGGGGCCAAGUUGCCGUCUUCGCUGCUGACCAACGUGGCGGCCGUGGAGCCCGCCAACACCAUGUCGCCUCCGCCGGCCAAGAAGCUGGCCCUCUCCGCCAGGAAGGCCAGCACCUUGCGGAGGGCGACCAGCAAUGACCUCCGUCCACCUCCCCACCCAUCCAUCGCCGACCACACCUACCCCACGAAAACCACCCACCUUGUCUUCACCUCUCCUUGGCCUGUCAGUAAAGCCAGGGCCGACUUCCCUCCCAAGUCAUCCUCGAGUCUGCCUUCCAAGUCUACUACGUUCUCCUUCAGCCCCCCUGCAUUCAAGGCCUCAACCCGGCCCCCCUGCUGCUCUCCUGCCUCCGCCCCCCAGCCUCAGGUCAACGGGGACCCAGGGUCCCCUCCCCUCCAGCGGCAGCAGGGAGCCAGCCCCGCCCCGCCCAGCUUCCCUGGGAAGAAGAGGAACCGCCAUCCUGGGGAAACCGAGUCCCGGGGCGGCGCGGAGGCGGACUCCUCUCCAGGAAACGGGCAGGGCUCCGAGCCCCGGCAGGGCAAGAAGAGGAGGAGGAGGAGGAGACACGGGGAAGACGGGCACAGAUGCCUGGCCGAAGGCCCGGAGUCCCCGGUGCGGGGGCACCGGGCAGGGAGAGGGGACGGGAGCCGAGGGGUCCGGAGGGAGGCCCGGACCGAGCCGGCCGCGGGCGGGCCGGAGGAGGCCCGGGAUGAGAGGCGGGAGCCCGGCGGCGGUCAGGUGGGAGACGGGACGGGCGCCCAUCGCCCCGGGAGGCGGAAGAAGAGGAGGGAGGAGGAGGAGGAGGAGGAGCAGGAGGAGAGGGACGAGGCCGUCCACCACCAGAGUAGAAAGAAGAAGAAGAAAAAGAAGAGGAAGCGAGAAGAACAAGAGGAAAGCGGUGACCCUAGCCAGCGGCCAGCUUCAGACAGCAGCUCGGUUCAGGCUGAGGCGGAGGCCCCGAGGACGAAGAAUAAGAAGAGAAAGCGAGAUUCCGAGCAGGAAGCGGAGGAAAGCGAGCCGGGUCCAGCGCCGAGCGGUGCCCUCUGCGAGGAUGCCGACGGCCGGCAGCCCAGAGUCAACGGGCUCGGGAAGGAGAAGGUCCUCCAGUCCCCCGCGGAGGAGCAGAACACAUCCAGUGUGCUCCAGGAGCUGCUCAAGUAUUCGUCCGACAGAGCCUAUGGAAAACAAGUCCUCACCUGGAGCGGGGAGAUCUCGGCCGUGAGUCAGGAUGCCAUCCAGGACAGCAGGUUGGCUCGGAGCGAGACAGUGAUUGACGACUGGGAUGAGGAAUUUGACCGGGGGAAGGUGAAGAAGUUCAAGAAGUUCAGGCCGGAGAAGAAGCGGAACUUCAACGCCUUCCAGAAGCUGCAGAGUCGUCGCAACUUCUGGUCCGCGACCCACCCGGCGAAGGCCAGCAGCCUCAGCUACCGGCGCUGACGCCGCGGGGACCGGCUCCAGGAAGAUCCCGCCGCUUCUUCUGGACUUGACCGCCCACCUGUCCCACCGGGAGGGGAGACCGUGGUCUUGGGCCCCUGCCUCUCCCAGGACAUUGGCACUGUCCCGAUCCACUGUGGGAGGAAACUCUGAGCUGCUGUCGUAGUCUGCCCGGUCUCCCCUGGGGCAGAGGUUCUUAAAAGCCCGGAAGCCCAAGCGGUGUCGUCCUCGUGAUGUUGCCAAGAAAGACCGCGGCGAAGGUCGCGUUGCCGGGGAGGCCGGUGGGAUGGGAGGCACAAAGGGUCUCACCUUUGAUCCUGGGGUCCCCGGAGAGGCUCCAGUUGGCGAGAACGGGGUGGGUUUGAUGAGAACCGGCGAUUUUUAUCAGUGUCUUGCCUCCCCGGGGGAUGCGCCGAAGGAAAUUAGUGGUCCAGGAGGGGCGUCUAGGUUGUCUCUAGCUGCACUGCCUUCGCCAUACUGGUGAACAGAUCCCUUGUUUCUUGUCAUCCGGGAAGAGGGGCAGUGGGGGUUGCCGCAGGACUGAUCGCAAGGGGCCGGUGCUCUGAGGGACGGCUCCCCUCCCGGAAUUCCCCUCGGGCCUACGGUAAUCCCGAGCAGGUGGCGAUGGCGUCGGAGGCCUUCCACUCGGACGUCGUCCCGGCCCCAACCCGAAUUGGGUUAAGGGAGCCCGGGACACCUUGCCGUCUGGCAAAAUCGGGCCCGCCCUGACCUCGAGCGGAAAUGGGGCCGCAGUCGCGCGGCGGCACGAAUGAUGGCUACUGCCCCGCCCCCCCAGUUCGUGGCCGUGGGGCCAGGCGGGGCUCACCUCAGCGCAAGGAACCAGAACCUCAAGUCUCUCUUCUUCCCUGGUGACACCCGCUCCCCCUCCUCCUCUCCGGAAUCACGCUCGGAGCCGGGAUUCACAGGUCACUCAGCGUCCCCACCCUGUCUCCCCUUCUCGGGCUUCUUGCUCCAAGAUCGUGUCCCCUGCUUCUCCCGGCUGAGUUGGCUUCACCCUCCCCUCUGCCUUCCUCAGCCCCCGCCGGAUCGGAGGCGAAACCCGGGCACGGCGUGAACCUUUUUGGCAAAGGUUCGGUAGAGGACGGCCAAUCGCGGAUGCUCCUGGCCUUGGGCAGGAGGUUGUCAGGGGUGGGGGUGGUCCUCCAGCGGCCAUGGAGCGAAGACUGGCCACUAUCCCCGUGACUCGGUUGUCACCUUCCAGCGGUGGGGGUGUGUGUGGAGAAAACGCAGUCACAUUUUGCUCUCCGUCCAUCUCCCUGGCGCUCUUGGCUCCCUUCUUUUGUGCCCCAGCCUGGCGGUUGGGGUCCCCUAGUCUGAAACACCUUUCCACGUCUUCCACUGACGUCCCUUCAUCCGUCUCUCGCCCCCCGCCAACUUCACCAUCCUCCCGUCCGUCUCCCGCCCCUUCCAAAAUACCUCCCGACGGCAUGACUCGUCCAAAACGUUUUUUUAUCAUCGCCCACUUGAAAGCAAGCCCUCUCCUCCACCAGUCCGGUCGGGGCAGGGUCCUCACCCGGAAAUCAAUUCGCCCAACGUUAGAUGACUGACAUGUACAUAUACAUAUAUACAUAUAUAUAUAUAUAUAAAAUAAUAAAGCUUUUAUAAUAGCGGUCGUCCAACUGGCAUAGAAUCUGGAUUUUAUUUAACUUGGACUUGAGGAAGUAAGUUUGGGGAGAUCUAUGCUAGUACACUGGAGCUCAGAAGGCUACAGGUGCCUCUCCUUAAUCCAUCUUUUUUCAGCCUGGUGUCUGAUUGAAUGGGAGUAGAACGAUCCCAAAACCUCUGAUGUGCGUGUGGGAUCGGCCAGGCCUCCUGUGUUUCGCAUCCUCCUGCUCAGGAAGCACUGUAGCCCGUGGCAUUGCCGAGGUAGCAGUGUAAUAAACCAUUUU